AUGCUGCAAGCUUCUGAAAGGUUUGAAGACUUGGGACUGGCGAAAAGCCUCCUUGCCAACGAGUACUGUGUAACUCGGCUCACCCGCAAGGCUUUCGCACCGACUUGGGAUAGGUACUUUGACUGUCCAAAGCGAGAAGAUGUUUCGGACCCGACAUCACUCGUAGACCCGGACGAUGACCGUUGGGACGUCUAUCAUGCCCAGAACCUCUUGAUGGAGCAGCCAUUUUUCACAAUCCACUUGAUCUUGAAAGCUCAACAAGCGUGGUUCGACGAGACUCGACCGCCAAGCAAAGCUGAGACCAUCCAUUGGAGAACCUGCCGCGUCCCCAACGUGGACUGUAACGAGCAUUGCCGAGCCGGAAGUGCGCACGAAUUUAACGCUGCGGCGUGUUUCGAGCACGACUACCAGGCUGCAAAAGGGGUGUUCGGGCUAGAGCAAUUGGCUGGAGUCAGUAUAGGAGCCGCCAAGACGUUGAGCCAGGCAUCUCAAUGCAGAAGAAACCUGGACGACACGCGUCACUGCGUGGCCCUCUAUGACGCGUAUGACUUUUACCUUCAGUGCAAAGACAUGGCAGAAGAUGAGCCAGGCUUUUGGGCCAUGGCGGAGCUCUGCGACCGCCUCCGAAACACAUUUGACGGCGACGACCCAAGGGCCCUCCGCAUCAUGCGGCGCGACGCUGGACGGGAUCCCAACAACUCAGACCUAGAGUAUGACCCCGAGAACGACUCGGAUGUGGAUGCAGACUUUGAGGGAGAUGCCAAUCUUGAACGCAUCAGGAAGGAGGUAAGGCAUGAGAGGAUGCUGGCCGCGUGUGAACGGGAAGAUGUCGACGGUGAGGAUGAAGACGAGGAAGAGGAAGACGAGGGUGGUCUAGAAGGGCCCAAAUAUCACGACAUCGUCGGAGGAACAGUAGACAUGGGCAUUUAG